AUGCUGCACUAUGAGUGCCCUUCUCAAUUGACCGCCCCUUGCGCUGCCACAGCGGAGCCGGCGCUCGGUGAAGACCUGUCGCUGCUGGGAAGGCUUCUCGGGCGUGGGGCAGCGAUCGGGGCGGCGAGCUUGCCGCUGUCUUGCGAUUCUCAGAUGAGGGGGCAGCAGCAGCGCUGGGGCUGGGGCCUUGAUUGCAUCGUGAUGCGCGUUGACGCCAAAAUGCCUCGUGAGCAAUGGAUCCCGCCCCUUGCUUGGACCUCGGCUGUCUCGGCAGAUGCCCCCCUCUUGGCGGCUGGGCGCGAGGCUUUGCAGAGCUUGAGUGCCCGCUGUCCCUGGCAGGAACGGGUCUCCUUACCAGCCAUCUUUUCUUUACAAAGGGAGGACGAGGACGAGGAGUUCAUGUGUGAGCCAGCCGGGCAGAUGCUUGGCAGGCCCUGCUGGGGCCCGAUACCUCCCGACUACCAGACGAACUACCUCAGCUACGCUGGCCGCGUGUGCCUGCUGCGCUAG